AUGCCUUAUGAGCUGAAACCACCUGCAUGGUCAUUACUGCAGAAUAUAGUGCCGAAUAGUUUUUCGAAUGGCUUAUCACCUCAUAUAGUUGUUAUAUUUAGUAUUUUAUUACGAUUAGAGGGUUAUGCUGAAUUACUUGUUACUUUUGAUCGACAGCGAGCAAAACGACUUUUGCGACUUGCAAUGGGAGUUUCUACAUCAGAACAUCGCAGUUUCGCUCGUUUUACUACUGUUCAUCAGAAAAUAGCUCCUAAAAGUAAUGCAUGUGAUUUCAUGAAAAUUUCUCGAGCCGAUGCUGAUUUUCUUGCAUUGCUUCCAUUAAUUGUGCUUGAAAUGCUUUUUAAUUCGCAUCCAUCCAAUACUUCUCGUGGAAAAUCUAUUCGAGAUUCGGCUCUUACAUAUGGUGUUUUGGAUGUUUUGCUUGUUUGUCUAGCACAUUAUGGCCAUCAAAAAGUGGAAUCUUUUUCAGCUCGAUCUGAAAAAUUGCCACCUGUUCCAUAUGCGGUUGUUCUUACUGAGCGUCUUUUACAAGCUUCUGUGCAUACUGAAGGAGCCAAUGUGGAGUCAACGAGUAUGAAUCAACUGCCAUAUGAAGACAGAUUUAUUGUUGAUUAUAGUGCUGCUUCAAGUGGCACGUCCUAUCCGCAGUCGCAGAAUUUUUGGGCGAAAGGCACAGGUUUUGGGAGUGGAACAACCCAACAGCAGUGGAAUGUUGAUCUUCAUGUACUUAGACGUAAAUUUGAUGAGAAUACAGUUACUCUUCUUUUAAAGGUAAAUAUUUCCUAUCCAUUUAGGCAUAAACUUGAUAGAAUACAUUUAAAAUACAUUUUUUUCAUUGACCAUGCUUUGUUUGUCAUUUUGUUUCACAUUCAGGUUUUAAUGGAAUUCGUUAAUCCAUUUCCGAGGCCUCCGAAAAAUUCACUUGUUCACUCGAAUCAAGCCAUCGAUGUUCAAGAAACAGAAGAUAAACCAUCUCUUUCACGAAUAAAUGAUGAACCUGAAGUUGGUUUUGAAAUAAAUGGUAGCAGUGGGUGGGUGGCAGAUGGAGUGAUUGUUGACCUCCUUUCUCACAGUGAUAUAUUUAACGAUAUAUUUUUAGUAUUGGAUAUUUCUCGGCAUGUAGAAGUAUACCAAGCAGUUGUUGAUCUAGUGGGAGCAUUGGCUGUAGCUCCCGUAAUUGUUGAUAACGCUAAUAGUAAUAUUCUGAGUGCCUUGUUGUCGAAGUCAGGCUGUAAUCUUUCUUUGCAUUCUAUGCUUAAACAACUUCAGGCUUGUAUUUCUACUUACCUUAACCGACUAUCAAGCGGGAAAAAUUUAAAACAGACAAAAUUGACGGACGUGGAUGAAAACUGUAAUAAUGACAAUUCAGUAUUGAAAUGCAGUGAAGAAAAACUUAUUGCUUUAGCAACAACUGCCCAAAGCACUUGUGAUCUCAUCUCACAAAAACUGGUUGAUGAUUCAAAAGAAGUUGAUGGUGCAGAAAAUAAAAUCACAACCAUCGAAGAACAGUACAUUAAAAUUAUGCGUUCAAUUCAAUUUGAUACAGUUCCGUUCUUCGCUGAAGAUCAUUUGGUACCUUAUCAUUAUCAUAGUUCAUUGCAAACUGUGAGUGUUGAUAACGCUUUAAAUCUGCGAACACGUCGUCUUGCUCAGGAAUUCGUAACCUUAAGCAACUCAUUACCUUUAAGCAGCAGCAGCUGUGUUUUUGUUCGGUCAGCUGAGGAAAGGCUGGACGUUGUUAAGGUUUUGAUCACAGGACCAGCAGAUACUCCAUAUAUGAAUGGAUGUUUUGAAUUUGAUGUUUGGUUUCCUUGUGAUUACCCUAAUUCGCCUGUGCAUAUUAAUUUAGAGACUACAGGCAACAAUACUGUGCGAUUCAAUCCUAAUUUGUAUAACGAUGGUAAGGUUUGUUUGUCAGUCUUGAAUACAUGGCAUGGACGCCCUGAGGAGCGUUGGAAUCCAGAAACAAGUAACUUAUUGCAGGUUAUUGUUAGUAUACAGUCAUUGAUACUUGUCUCUGAUCCUUAUUUCAAUGAACCAGGAUAUGAACGAUCAAGAUGUACCCAAACUGGCCAGCAGGCAUGA